AUGCAACAGAAGGCUUUUGAGGAAAAUCGAUACCCCUGGCAAGAGUCCUUCGACAAUGUCGCCGUGUGCCUGCCCUUCCGCUGCCCGCGGUGCGGAGAUCGCAGCCGCUUCAGAAGCUUGUCCUCCUUGAGGGCCCACCUCGAGUUCAGCCACAGCUACGAAGAGAGGAGCCUCGUCACGAAAUGCAGCCUUUUUUCUCCCCUCAAAGACCCGGACCUGAUCACGUCCUCGGAGCCCCUGAAACAGGGCAAACUGGGGAGCGGCGGCCGAGCGGUCAAGCAGAAGGCAAACUACGUGAACUUGUGCCACCUGUCCCGGGAGAACCUGCGAGAGAGGAAGUCCCUCCAGUUGGUGGCGGAGAGACCCGUGUCCUUCGUGCCCAUCUACACCUCCAUAGACUCCUUAGGGGGCCCCCGGGCCAGCCCUGGGCUGCCCACCACGGAUGCCAAAGCUUCCUUUGAGGCCCACGUGAGGGAGAAGUUCAAUCGGAUGGUCGAGGCGGUGGAUAAGACCAUCGAGAAGAGGAUCGACAAGUUGACCAAAGAGCUCACGCAAAAGACGGCGGAACUUUUGGAAGUUCGGGCUGCGUUUGUGCAGCUGACUCAGAAGAAGCAAGAAGUUCAGAGGCGGGAGAGAGCCUUGAACCGGCAGGUGGAUGUGGCCGUGGAGAUGAUUGCGGUGCUGCGGCAGCGGCUCACCGAAUCCGAGGAAGAGCUUCUCCGGAAGGAAGAGUGA